UAUAAAUAUAUAUAAAUCAUCUCUGAAUAGAUUCAUCAAGCAUUAUUCAAUAGAAUGUUACGAUUUUCUAUAUUCCUCAUUCAUUGUUUAUCUAUUGUAUUCGUUCAAUCAAGAUUCAAUUCAACCAUUGAAUAUUUUGAUGAAAAUCUUAGUGAUAAGAAUAAAUGGGCUAUUCUAGUUGCUGGAUCUAAUGGAUUUGACAAUUAUAGACAUCAAGCAGAUGUCUGUCAUGCUUACCAUGUAUUACGUUCGAAGGGUAUAAAACCUGAACAUAUUAUCACAAUGAUGUAUGAUGAUAUCGCUCAUAAUAAGAUGAAUCCAUUUCGUGGAAAAAUUUUCAAUGAUUAUAGCCAUAGAGAUUGGUAUAAAGGAGUUGUGAUCGAUUAUAAGGGUAAUAAUGUCAACUCGGAAACUUUUCUGAAAGUUCUGAAAGGAGAUAAAAGCGCUGGUGGAAAAGUUUUGAAAAGUGGGAAAAAUGAUGAUGUAUUCAUAUACUUUACUGAUCAUGGUGCACCGGGUCUAAUUGCUUUUCCUGAUGAUGAAUUAUAUGCCAAACGAUUUAUGGCAACGCUGAAAUACCUUCAUAGACACAAACGUUAUUCAAGACUAGUGAUUUAUAUCGAAGCUUGUGAAUCAGGUUCCAUGUUUCAAGGAUUAUUACCGUCGAAUUUAAAUAUUUACGCGACUACAGCUGCUAGUCCAACUGAAUCUAGUUAUGCUACAUUUUGUGAUGAUCCAAAGAUAGCUACUUGCCUGGCUGAUUUAUACUCAUACGAUUGGAUUGUUGACUCACAAACACACCAAUUGACACGACGAACACUCGACCAACAGUAUAGAGAGGUUAAGCGUGAAACGAAUCUUAGUCAUGUUCAGAGAUAUGGUGAUACGAAUAUGGGUAAAUUACACGUUGGUGAAUUUCAAGGAAGUCGAAACAAGGAUUCACUUGAGAAUGGUGAACCUCCAAUGAAGCCGAAAGAUUUUGUCGCUUCACGUGAUAUUCCAUUGUAUACUCUACAUCGUCAAAUAAUGAUGACCAAUAAUGCAGAAGACAAAAACUUACUAAUGAAAAUUCUUGGUUUGAAAUUGAAGAGAAGAGAUUUCAUUGAAGAUACUAUGAAAUUAAUAGUGAAAGUAAUGAAUAGUGAAAAAAAACCUAUUUCCAAGGCAACUAUCGAUCAAACGUUGGAUUGUACAGAAUCUGUCUAUGAACAGUUCAAAAGUAAAUGUUUCACACUGCAACAGGCUCCAGAAGUUGGAGGACACUUGUCCACUCUUUACAACUAUUGUGCAGAAGGUUAUACAGCUGAAACGAUCAAUGAAGCAAUCAUAAAAGUUUGCAAUUAAAUCAAGAUUAAUUUGUCAGUGUGAUAAAUUUUAUCAAUGUAAAUUUUCAAAUAAAUGAGUCUUUUCUC